AUGUGUGUGUUUGAGUCACAAAGCCGUAGUCAUUGUAAUGAUGAUGAGUGCACAUUACAACCUUGGCAAGACCUUCAGAUGAGUAACGAAGAAUUGAUUUCUGACAUUUCUUCAUACUAUAAAAGAUAUACUCCUAUUGAACAACAGGAAUACCAUUCCAAUUUAAAAGCAUUACUUAACAAACUUUGUGUGGAAGAGAAAACUAAUGUUAAUAAAAUUAUUGAUGCUAUUAAACAGUUAGGUCAAGGAAUUGAUAAUGAAGAAACAUCAUCAGCUUAUGACAUUGAUGAAGAUUUAGAGAAUGAUAACAAUAAUAUACAGACAGGUUCAGAAGAGAUCCUUGAACCUUUAUAUGAAAUGCAACAAGACACUGUAGAAGAUUUGAAACAUAUAAAUGUAGAUUAUUUUCAGGAUCAAUAUCAUAUUUCACAAGAUUCAUUUCUAAUGAGCACGAAAGAUGAGCAAAUGUAUGUUCAACAAGGUGAAGAGUUGCCAGAAUCACAAGUUUAUGAUAACAAUUCAACCUUUUUACCAAGCAAUAAGCAUGAAGAAAAUGAAAAAUUCAGAAUUAUGAUACAUGAGAAUGGGAUCAAGAAAAAGGCUGAAUGA